AUGAAGGAAGUGUUGAUGGAUGCUAUAUUGGAUAGGCUCCAUUCGCGGCUGUCCCAUCUGCUUAAUCGACCACCAAUUGAUUUUGACUUUUUGGAGUUUACCUGUACCCAGGACUUAGUUUUUUUAAAUGCACUCUCGAGUCAGGAACAUUUUCCACAUGCUGUAAUGGAGGGACUCAGAGAGGUUAUUCAGAUUAUUGGUGAGAUUAACCACAGCCAACAGUGUACUCACAACACUGUGAACUUUGAAUAUGGCAAGGUUGGGCGGCCAAAAGUACUGUUACCAGAAGAACGUCUUCGGGAUCUAAUUGCCAUGUCUCUACCAGUGCCCUGCAUUGCAAAAUUGCUAGGAGUGAGCACAAGGACCAUACAACGGAGAAUGUCAGAAAUAGGGUUGGCAGUGAGAGACACAUACAGUAGUGUUUUGGAAGAGGAGCUGGAUGCAUUAGUGUCAACAGUAAAAUCCAGACACCCUUAUGCUGGAUAUAGAAUGGUGAAGGGUUUGCUGCAGGCUAUGGGGCAUAGAGUGCAGUGGGAAAGGAUCCGGGCAUCCAUGCACCGAGUUGAUAGUGCAGGCAUUAUUUCUAGACUGACACAGUUAGGGUGUGUUGUUCGUAGGACAUAUUCUGUGCCCAGCUCAGGAGCAUUGAUGCACAUUGAUACCAACCACAAGCUCAUACGAUACAACAUUGUGAUCUUCGGGGGUAUCGAUGGCUUUUCUAGAAAGAUCAUGUACCUAGACGUUGCAACCAAUAAUCUGGCUUCAACCACCCUGUACUUUUUCCAGCGUUCUGUUCAAAGAUUUGGUCUUCCACUUCGGGUCAGGGGAGACCAAGGGGUUGAAAAUGUAGAAGUGGCCCGUAUGAUGUUCUCUGUUCGAGGUACAGGAAGAAGCAGCUUCAUUGCAGGGAAGAGUGUCCACAACCAAAGAAUAGAGAGGCUCUGGAGAGAUGUCUGGGUUGCAGUCACAAACAUCUACUACAAUGUGCUUCAUCAGUUGGAGGAAGAAGGGCAGCUGGAUAUGUUGAAUCGUAUGCAUCUCUUCUGUUGUCAUUACGUGUUCAUUCCACGACUGCAAGCUCAUCUGGACACCUUUCGCGAUGGAUGGGACAAUCACCCUCUAAGUACAGCGGGAAAUCUGACUCCAAAUCAGCUGUGGGAGCUGGGAUGACAUAA